GUGUCUUUAUCAACUUAAACCUAUAAGUAUCCAAGAGUGACUUGUUCCCAAAGUUAUGCUUAGGGAGAUCAGCCCAGGCUGUUAAGUACCGAAGCUUUUUGUCAAUUGGAAAUAUCUUCAAGCAAUCUUCAAGACGCAUCCUAUUCAGUCUACCUGCUAGAAGCAAUAAUUGCAUCAUGGACAAAGCAAAGGACGAUGCCAACUUGCAACAAGUUGAGAAGACGGACAUGGGGAAUCUAAUCGAGACAUAUGCCAAUAUCAUGGCGGAACACAAGCCAGACCCUCGAGGCCCAGGUUACAUCAAGUUGUAUAGCCUCGCUGCACUUAUCUUCCUGUGCUCGACCAUGAACGGUUUCGAUAGCUCUCUCAUGGGCUCUAUCAACGCCCUUCCGAACUACACCUCAUACUUUGGUCUCCCCGAGAACGGCAAUGCCAGUACCGGCAUAGUGUUUGCGAUCUUUCAAGUUGGUCAAAUGUCAGGAGCUCUCUUCAUCUGGAUGACGGACUGGUAUGGGCGAACGUGGCACAUGUUCUUUGGCUGUCUUGGCGUGUGCAUUGCUACUAUAGUGACCUCCUUGGCGCCCAAUCUGUCUACCUUUAUCGCCGGACGGUUUCUCCUGUCCUUUUUCGCUACAUGCGCCCAUACCGCCGCUCCCCUAUAUCUUGUCGAGAUUGCUCCGCCGGCCUACCGAGGAACGAUAGCGGGAAUGUACAACACUUUCUACAACGUCGGCUCUGUCUUUGCUACUUCCGCAGUAUAUGCCUGCCACAAAUACCUAGCUCACCACGGUAAUCUGGACUGGAAGAUUCCCUUGUGGCUUCAGAUGGUAUGCCCAGGCAUUGUCUGCAUAUUCGUCAAGCUUUUUCCUGAGUCCCCUCGAUGGCUGGUCGCCAAGGAUCGUCACGCAGAGGCCAAGGACGUCCUUUCCAAGUACCAUGCGAAUGGUGAUGCGAGCCAUCCACUCGUUGACCUUCAGAUGAGGGAGAUGAUUGCCAAUAUCAAUACCGAACAGAUAGCCUCGUGGAAAGAUCUGUUCGACCUACAGGUCCUUGUGGAAUCCCGCUCCAGCCGGUACAGACUGAUGCUCAACAUCGCUUUCUCUUGGUUCGGUCAGUUCAGCGGUAACAACAUUGUAUCCUACUACUUGCCAAUCAUGCUCAACGGCAUCGGCAUCACAAACACUGACACCAAAUUGAUCCUCAACAUCGUCUAUGCCUUCGUCGGCUGGAUUUCGUCCAUCAUCGGUUCCCGUCUGCACGAUAUUGUCGGCCGCCGAAAGAUGCUCAUGACGACCACUGCUGGUAUGGCUGCAUGUCUCGCUAUUGUUGCUGGUUGUGCGGCCGGAUACACAGAUCAUGGCAACAAGACGGCCUCUACCGUCAGUAUUGUCUUCAUCUUCAUGUUUGGCGCCAUCUUUGCCUGUGGUUUCACUCCAAUGCAACCAAUAUAUCCUGCUGAGGUUGUGAGCAAUAAGAUGCGAGCUAAGAGCAUGGGAACUUUCAAGUUGACGGCAGGAGCAGCCGGAUUUCUCAACACCUUUGUUGGUCCAAUAGCUCUAUCCAAUAUUGGCUACUGGUUCUAUGUAUUCUUUGUGUUCUGGGACGCCUUUGAACUGGGCUUUAUUUAUUUCCUGUUUGUUGAGACCAAGGGAUCAACGUUGGAAGAACUUGAUAUAACCUUUGAAGCUAAGAACCCCAGGAAAGCUAGUGUUGAAGCUGCAAACGCGAGAAAUCGUAUGAUUCGGAAUAGAUCAAGCGCGGCCUAGACGAUCAACAAAGAAUCUAGAGACAUGCUACUUCGUAGCUAGAGCCAAAGUGCAAAUAAAUC